UUCAUCUUCAUUCGAUCCAACAUGUCCUUCCGGCGUCAACCGUUCUUUUCUCCAUUUCCUGAUAGUUACUGAGUAUUUAUACGCACUUUCUUUGUAGCAAUGGGUCAACAGUAUAGUUUCGCGCUCAAAGUGUUGCACGAUCAUGCUGUUGUUUUGAAAGAUCUCGCGGUUCUCAACCACGAAAGUCUUGAAAAUGCCGUAGUACAUCUAAAUAAGACACUCGGAAAGUUUGCAGAGGGCAGAGGGCAUUGCAUCAUGUUUGCUAUAAAGGAACCAUCAGAAGAAUAUUCUCCAUAUCUAUGGAAAGCUACAACAAGGAUAGUUUGUUAUAAGAUUGAUUCUGCUAGCACAAAUGUUGACAGUGAGAGAAUUAUGGACCUUCGACAGUUUUGCAAGUUGUAUAGAGAUAUCACGAAGCAACUGCGGCACAUGCAUGGUGAAGAGGAUGAAGACUGGCAGAAAAUUGAUCCUAUUGGGGAAGAGGCAUAUGAAACAUGUUCAGUAAAAUUAGAGGAAAUCCAUGAAUCUCUUUGUGCAUCAGUGAUAUUUACAAGAGUGGAUGAAGUAGCCUCAGAGGAUUCUAACAUGGAGGAGUGUUGUAUAUGUAUGGAUCAAAAAGCAGAAGUUAUCCUGUCCUGUGUCCAUUGCUUUUGCAAGACUUGUAUUGAGACAUGGAGUGAUGUGAAUGAGACUUGUCCACUCUGUCGUGAUAAGAUUCAUGGGAAAAAGGAUCUCUGGGAAAUGCCUGAGAGGCCAAGUGACAGAGAGAUAGGACAGUUUGUCUUAGGAAUGGCUGAGGGGGCAGGUGCUCCCACUUGAAUAGUGUGCAUCUGUUCUAGUCAGGUUGGAAAAAAAUAGAAAAAAAAAACAGCGAAUAUAAACAAAAACAAAAUUAAAAUUUAAUUUAGGUCAGGGUGCACUGCCAUUUCAGUGGUUGCAACUGCCAUUUCAGUGGUUGCAACUGCCAUUUCAGUGGUUGCAACUGCCAUUUCAGUGGUUGCAACUGCCAUUUCAGUGGUUGCAACAUACCAUAGGGACAAGUGUUAGCAACAAUAUUAGUUUCUUGUGAUGCAGAUAAUUUUAUGAAAAUCUAUGUGCCUUCUUAAGUAUGUUGUGUCUGAGGCAAGUAGUUCACAUUCAAAGACUUUCUUAUUUUGACAAUUGAUUGCUGACUGAGAUGACCUGCUUCUACAGUAUAUGCUUAAUCAAAUGAACAUACCUGGAGUGGACGUCUCCAAUGUGUGACCUUACAGUAUGACUUAGCAAGUUGUAUUUAUUUUACUAGUCUUUUUUAUUUUUCUCUUAUUGUUCAUAAGUUAUUAAUUUAAAAUGAAGUACAGUGCCUUAGCCUUUUUCAUACUAAAAUAUUUUCUAGGCUAUCAUUGUUAUCAUAAUUAUUAUUAUUAUUAUUAUUAUUAUUAUUAUUAUUGUUUUUACAUUAUGAGGUACAGUAAGGCACAGUGUAUUUGCCUCAUUCUUACUAACAUAUUGUCAAGGUUAUUAUAAAUAUUAUUAAAAUUGUUCCUAUAUAAUAGGAUAUAUAUUUACAUUGUAUAUGUAAGAAGAUAAUUUUGCCAAGCUUGCAAGAUAUGCAGUGGAGCUUUAGUAGAGCUUCAGCAGUUCUACAGCUGGUCGAAUGUAAACCUUAAUCAAAACUAUAAUAAAAUUCUCGAAUGCAAUUGGUUAUCACCAGG